GUUCCUCCCGAUCCACAAGUCCCGCAGACUGCGCGCUCCCACACGCACGGACCGCGGAGGUUUACAGCUCACACCUGAGGGGGCAGCCGGAAGUAGCGCGUGUCACCUCGGCCCCCACGCGCGGGUGCUGACAUCCAUGGAAGUGGCCGGCUUGUACGAGGAGGGCAGCUUCGGUAUCCACGGCAGAGACGGCUUCUACUGGAGGCUGGGAGACUCCAUGACGGAGCUGGGCCUGGAGGAGCGCGAGAGAGCCAUCGACUUCAGCGCCUACCUGGACCCCCCCGCCCUGCACGGACCCCCCCAGCCGCAGGGGGACUUCUCCGACUUCCUCGGAGACAACAAGCUCAAGAGAGCCGCCGCGUACCAGACUUACAAGAACUACGAGCUGGAGGCGGCUCAGGAGCCGCGGGGAGCCCAGGCAUACGCCCUGAGUUACCCCGAGCUGCAGGAGACACGGGUGGACAGCGUGCUCAGCCCCGAACUCACGGCGCACCGCUACAGGUCCGCCCCCGCGGACAGAGAGGACAGCCAGGAGGAGGCGAAGGUGGAGAACGGCUCGUCGGGCUUCGACAUGAGGUACCUGCACUACCAGUCCACCAGCGGCAGUCUGGGGAACAUCUCCACCGCCUCCUCCACCUGCUCCAGCCCGCCCGGGACUCCUGCGCCGUCAGGGAAGAGCAGGUCUCCGUCCCACAAGUCCAAGAAGCGGCUGGACAAGGACAGCGAGGAGUACCGGCUGCGGAGGGAGAGGAACAACCUGGCGGUGAGGAAGAGCAGGGACAAAGCCAAGAUGCGCAACCUGGAGACGCAGCACAAAGUUCUGGAGCUGGCGGCGGAGAACGAGCGCCUCCAGAAGCGCGUGGAGCAGCUGUCACGAGAGCUGGCCACGCUGCGCAACCUGCUGUCCGCCACCGGACCGUGUUAGUCCGCCGGCCCGGCCCGGCUCGGCCCGGCACCACCAGUUUACAGGGACUCUUUGAAUGAGACUGAGCCAAAGGUGCGCGUGGAUUGCGCAACGUUCCCCCUCCACACGCGCGCGCCCCUCUUGAUUCCACAUGUGUCGGUGUGUGUUUGUGUAUUUCUGAACACUGUGUGUCUGCAGCAGUUGGGGGGGGGGGGGG